AUGUCUAUGGAUCCAAAGAAAUCUAACAAGAUCAGAGAAAUUGUUAGGCUUCAACAGAUCCUCAAGAAAUGGAGAAGGUUAGCAAACUCUUCGAAGACCACCACCGCAUCAACCACAACAACUACCUCUAGCAAGAGCAUGAAGUUUCUGAAAAGAACACUUUCUUUAUCCGAACGUGAGGGAGGAUCAAGCAAUGUUGUUCCAAAAGGGUACCUAGCUGUUUGUGUUGGUGAAGAGCUUAAGAGGUUCAUUAUACCAACUGAAUAUUUGGGUUAUCAAGCCUUUCAGAUACUCUUGAGAGAAGCAGAAGAAGAGUUUGGAUUUCAACAAACGGGUGUUUUGAGGAUUCCUUGUGAAGUAUCCAUUUUUGAAAGUGUCUUGAAGAUGGUUGAAGGAAAGAAGGACAAGUUUUCCUCUCAAGAAUGUAGACUUAGCAUUGAAGAGAUGAUAGGGUACUCCUCGGAAAGCCAACUUCCUUAUUCUCACCAUCCUCAAAGUCCAUUGUGCAGAUGA